CGCCCCGCCGCCCCCAGCCCGGCCCCCUCCGCGCGUCCCGCCGCGGCCGGGCCGGGCUCGGCCCCGCUCCCGUUGCCCGCCGCCGGCCUCCCCCGCGGGGAUGCAGCCGGCCCGGUCACCCCCGCUUGACCUCUUCUGGCUGCUGUGCAGGAACCGGCCUCCCGGAGCGCGUCCCCGGCCUCGCACCCCGUCCCCGGCACCCGGCUCCGUCUGAGGCGGGCAGCAGGCCGGCCACCUGCGCCGGCCCGGUGGCCCCAGCGUUGCUUCGACGCCACCAUGGCCCCCCAGGCCCCGCUGGCCCGCUUCGCCUCCACCGGCGUGCGGGAGAGGUAGCGGCGGUGCGGGCGGCCUGAGGCUUGGGAUGGAAGAAGGCAAGGCGUUGUGAGGCCAGACUGCAGGAGCCCCCCGGUCCCGUUCCCUCGCCCCAAGGAGCGUGUGGAGCCUGCCAGGCCCAGAGGUGCCUCUCCUUCGCCUUGCGAGCUGACAUGGUUUCAGCGUACUUGAUCCUGCUAGACUUCAGCGGUACUUGAAGCCAAAUACGUGGCUCUUUGGCCUUUGCUAACUCAAUGCUAUGCAAAAGAAAAGGAGGAAAAAAAAGAAACCUUGACACUGGUUGCAGUGGGAAUGGCUGUUUCCUGCCCUGGGUGAGCCUACGUGUGGUUUCUUGCUUGUGAGAUGAACUAAUUCUCCUUUACCCGGUGGAAGACACACUACGUAUGGCAACCUGAAACUUUGGUAGAGCUUGGUCGUUACUGAGCAGUUGGAACUUUUACUCGUUUUUUUGCAUAAAGUCACCUAAGGAGCCUUGUUGCCGUCUUCAAAAGCAUUGGAGGAAUCUGCGCUUGUCUUAAUUCUUUGCCUCAAGUGACUUUAUCGUGCAGUGAGUGCAACCAACGUACCCACCUAAAAUACGUUCUCCUUCACAGCUCCUUCCCAACCUGGAAGAUCAGGGAUCACAGACUUCUUCAAAAACUUCUCGUCCUGGGAAAGGCUGCCCAUAGUUACUUUAUGGGGCAGCAGCCUGGAAAAGUUCUUGGGGACCAAAGGAGGCCGAGUCUGCCUGCCCUGCACUUUAUCAAAGGAGCAGGGAAGAAGGAGUCAUCGAGGCAUGGGGGCCCGCACUGUAAUGUCUUCGUCGAACAUGAAGCCCUUCAGAGACCGGUAGUGUCAGACUUUGAGCCCCAGGGUCUGAGCGAAGCAGCUCGCUGGAAUUCCAAGGAAAACCUUCUGUCCUGUCCUAGUGAAAAUGACCCCCAUCUCUUUGUUGCACUAUAUGAUUUUGUGGCAAGUGGGGACAACACUCUCAGCAUAACUAAAGGUGAAAAGCUCCGUGUCCUGGGCUACAAUCAUAAUGGGGAAUGGUGCGAGGCCCAAACGAAGAAUGGACAAGGCUGGGUGCCCAGCAACUACAUCACCCCAGUGAAUAGUUUGGAGAAGCAUUCCUGGUAUCAUGGACCAGUGUCCCGUAACGCUGCUGAGUACCUUCUGAGUAGCGGUAUCAACGGCAGCUUUCUUGUGCGAGAGAGCGAGAGCAGUCCAGGACAGAGAUCUAUUUCACUGCGAUACGAAGGAAGGGUGUACCACUACAGAAUAAACACUGCAUCUGACGGAAAGCUGUAUGUCUCUUCAGAGAGCCGCUUCAACACCUUAGCAGAGUUGGUCCAUCAUCAUUCAACUGUCGCAGAUGGGCUCAUCACCACUUUGCACUACCCAGCGCCCAAACGCAAUAAGCCCACUAUUUAUGGCGUGUCUCCAAACUAUGACAAAUGGGAGAUAGAGCGAACUGACAUCACGAUGAAACACAAGCUUGGUGGAGGGCAGUAUGGCGAGGUGUAUGAAGGAGUCUGGAAGAAGUACAACCUUACAGUGGCUGUGAAGACCCUAAAGGAGGAUACCAUGGAGGUGGAAGAGUUCUUGAAAGAAGCUGCAGUAAUGAAGGAGAUCAAGCAUCCGAACUUGGUGCAAUUAUUAGGGGUGUGCACACGGGAACCUCCUUUCUACAUCAUUACGGAGUUCAUGACGUAUGGGAAUCUGUUGGAUUAUCUGCGUGAGUGUAACCGCCAGGAGGUGAAUGCUGUGGUGCUACUGUACAUGGCAACUCAGAUCUCCUCAGCCAUGGAGUACCUGGAGAAGAAAAACUUCAUUCACAGGGACCUUGCUGCCAGAAACUGCCUUGUAGGGGAGAACCACUUGGUGAAGGUGGCAGACUUUGGCCUGAGCAGGCUAAUGACAGGCGACACAUACACUGCCCAUGCUGGAGCAAAAUUCCCUAUCAAGUGGACUGCACCAGAAAGCCUGGCCUACAACAAGUUCUCCAUUAAGUCUGAUGUCUGGGCCUUUGGUGUUCUGCUGUGGGAAAUUGCAACCUAUGGUAUGUCCCCUUACCCUGGGAUUGACCUGUCUCAAGUCUAUGAGCUGUUGGAGAAAGACUACCGUAUGGAGCGCCCGGAAGGCUGUCCUGAGAAAGUUUAUGAGCUCAUGAGAGCAUGCUGGCAGUGGAGCCCUUCUGAUAGACCCUCCUUUGCUGAGAUCCAUCAGGCCUUUGAAACGAUGUUUCAGGAAUCCAGCAUAUCGGAUGAGGUGGAGAAGGAAUUGGGAAAGAAGGGCAUGAGGAGUGUAGUGAGCAAUUUCCUCCAGGCCCCAGAGUUACCAACCAAAACACGAACAUCGAGGAGAGCUGCUGAAAGCAAAGAUGCCAAUGAGGGCUUGGAGACUGCACAUGCUCGUGGCCAGGGGGAAUGUGACCCUCUGGAUCAUGAACCUGCUAUUUCCCCCUUGCUCCCACGGAAGGAGAGGGUGGCCAUGGAGAGUAGUUUGAAUGAAGAUGAGAGGCUGCUUCCGAAAGACAAAAAGCACAACCUCUUCAGUGCCCUUAUCAAGAAGAAGAAGAAGACUGCCCCUACCCCUCCGAAACGGAGCAGUUCCUUCAGAGAGAUGGACGGCCACUCGGACCGCAGGGCGGGUGGGGAGGAGGAGUGCAGGGAUGCUGGCAAUGGAGCUUUCAUUGCACCCCCCACAGAUGCAGCUGACCCCUCCAAGUUUCAGAGCCCAAGCAACGGGGCUGGUGUCACCAAUGGGGUUGUUGCUGGGAACUCUGGAUUUUUAUCUCCCCAUUUACGGAAGAAGUCGAGCACGAUGAGCAGCAGUCGAGGGGUGGCUGGUGAAGAGGAGAGUAGUUCCAACUCCAGCAAGCGUUUCUUAAGGUCCUGCUCAGCCUCCUGUGUGCCCCACGGAGCAAAGGACACAGAAUGGAAAUCUGUGACUCUGCCUCGGGAUUUGCAGUCCACGGGACGCCAGUUUGAUUCCUCUACUUUUGGAGGACACAAAAGUGAAAAGCCAGCACUGCCUCGGAAGCGGGCAAACGAGGCCAAGACAGACAUUUCUGUCAGGGGAACAGUGACCCCUCCUCCACGGCUGCUUAAGAAAAAUGAAGAGACCACUGAUGACGUGUUCAAAGAUGCAGAGUCAAGCCCUGGCUCCAGCCCUCCCACUCUGACGCCAAAACUUGGCCGUAGGCAACCUGCUGCCCCUCCUUCCUCCAGCGUGCUCCACAAGGACGAUGGAGUCAAAUCCAGUGCCUUAGGUACCACUGUGAUGAUGGACCAAGGUUCUGCUGCCAAACCCAACCCUGCUGGGUUCGUGGUUGCCGGCAAGGCUUCCUCUGAGGAGCCACGGCUGAGGAGGCUCAAGCAGACCUCAGAGUCGGCAGGGAAGGACAAAGGGAAGUUAUCGAAGCUGAAACCAGCACCUCCGCUUCCGCUUUCUUCAUCGUCCAUCAGCAAGCCUGGGAAGGUUUCUCACAGUCCCAGCCAUGAAGCAGCAGCAGAUGUGGUGUCUGGGCUGAAAUCCAAACAGUUGACUCAGGUUGGAGAGGCUGCAAGCAGCGAUGCUGUCAAGCCAAACCAGUCAGGGGAAGGUGUGAAAAAGCUGGGGAUCCCCUCUGUACCAAAGCCACAGUCCUCUACAAAGCUGCUGAUGAGCACGGCGGCCCCAGCUGCCUCUUCCUCAUCUGUACCCUCUGCCCCAGGCGGGGACCAGCCAUCAUCUACAGCCUUCAUCCCUCUUAUAUCCACUAGGGUCUCGCUGCGGAAGACCCGGCAGCCCCCAGAGAGGAUUGCCAGUGGCACCAUCACUAAAGGGGUGGUGUUGGAAAGCACUGAGGCUCUGCGGAUCGCCAUCAGCAAGAACUCUGAACAAAUGGCAAGCCACAGCGCUGUCUUGGAGGCUGGCAAGAACCUCUACACGUUCUGCGUGAGCUAUGUGGACUCCAUUCAGCAGAUGAGGAACAAAUUUGCCUUUCGGGAGGCCAUCAAUAAGCUGGAGAAUAACCUACGGGAGCUUCAGAUCUGCCCGGCAACAGCUGGCAGUGGUCCUGCAGCCACCCAGGACUUUAGCAAACUUCUCAGUUCAGUGAAAGAAAUCAGCGACAUUGUUCAGAGGUAGCAGAAGCCAGGUUAAAAAAAAAAAUUAAAAAAUGAAUAAAUCACAAUGGGCCAAAGCCAACUGUGGAGAGGGUAACGUGUGGACUGACAAAGGACUGGGGCGUUCAGGUUAGGGCUGUGCGAAAGACAGACUGUGAAUGGAUGCCCCAGCUCCAAAGGGCAGGGCUGUGUUCAAGAGGCACUUUCCACCCUCUUAACUCAGAUUCCCUGUGUUUCAUAUACUUGUAAUCGUCUUAUCUGUGGAGUUCUUGCCUUGUGGACUACAAGUCUAAAUGCUGAUGUCACACCAUGCCUUUUUAUUAAUAUUUUAUUGUUCUGGACAGAUGAUUAAGACUGAAGCCAGACUGGUGGACACUGAGAUGCCAUCCUCCUCAGGAGGACUUUCUACUGCAUUUUCGUUCCCUCCCUCUGCCCCACUGUACACAAGGAUGACUGUUUGAAUAGCAAUAUACCCACUGCAUUUCUUGGGAGAGUUGCAGCACACGUCCCUGGCCCGAGUCUGACAUUUACCAGACGUUAAUGCGACAGAUUUGGUGCUUGGGUGGGAAGGGGGGAAAAUUGUUAAUGUAAGGUUUUUUUUGAUGACAGAAUGCUACAAGUGAUGUUUGCCCGAAUUAUUGCUAUGAUUCCGCCUGCUGCCCUUCGUUUCUGUGUUUUCAGUAAUUUCUUAAUGUUAUUGAGCCCAAACGAAUUGCUCGGGUUCAAAAUAUUGCAGACAGCACCCUCUAAUGUAGUGGCACAGGAGCCUGUUUGCAGAUCUCCCUUGGUAGCGAAAGAGGACUGGAGAAGGUCUGAGGAAGGAUGUGCUGUCACACUCUCGUGAUAUCUAACAUUAAUCGGGCUGGCGUUUGGGGUGGAGGGUUGCAGAGGUCAGGGAGCAGUAGGCUGGUGCUGAGCAAGGCAUCGCUCCCUGAAAGACAGGAGGGUUGCAGCAGGGGGACAUAGCUUAGGAUGAGCUCAGAGUUACCACUGUGCCUCCAACAGUCAUUUCAGCUGAGCUUGCACAUCGCAGAUGAGCGAGAACUGCUGUUUCUCUAGUUGAAUUUCCAGGGUUUUGUUCUAUGAGUGGAGAUGGGACCUGGCUUCUGCCCUCCCGUAGAGACCUGUGCUUUGAGGGGCUGUGGUGCCUCCCUUUCCGUGCCAGUGCUAACUCCCCAUGAAGAGCUCAGAUGCCAGUACUUUGGGGUUAAAACCGUCACUACCUUCAUGCCAGUGUGGUUCCAUCCAGCAUCAAACAAGGAUCUGUGAAGACUGCAGAUGCUUCUCUUGGGUGCAUCUCCUGAGGAAACUGCCACAAAAUGCUGACAGCAGGACUCCUGGGCUUCCUUUCCAAGGUCCUGUGACCUUCCCAACUAAUGCAACACAACUGGGAACUAACUGUGACUCGUGAAAAUAGUGAAAGAACAAGGUUUAGGGCUAUUAACAGUGCAAUUUAACUCCUCUUAACAGUUCCAAACGAGAAAAAAGCAUUUUCCAUGUCCUGUUCCUCAGUAACUCGUGACCCCUCUUGUGUAUCUUAAACACUAAUUGCCUUCAAUUGUAUUUUAUUCUGUUCUCUUUGGAACUGUUUGUUUUGUAUAUGAUUUCUAGUACUUCACUCGUGUGUGUUCACGCCACUUCUCGCCCUCACAAACAGCCAUGACUUAACACAUGACAAAUGUUCAAAAGAAAAUACACACUUCUGCCACAGGCUGCCUUUAAAAAUGUAAAGGAAAAAAAAAAAAAACAACCAACCCUUGGACUGUCUCUUUCCUGGAGGUACUGUUUUUACUUUGAUAACAUAUUGUGCCACUAUAUUAUACAUUUGUAUCUCGUUAUUACACACUUUUGUAGACUUGUCUUUUUUACAGUGUGUAAAUAGCUCUGUCCUUCACCUCUGUGAUACUUAAGGGGGUUGUUUCCCCUUUAAUUUGGUCCAGUACAGAUUGUUUCUGUACACGACUUUCAAUUCUUCCUCCUCUCUUUCUCUAUUUUUCAUUUUUUUGAUUUAUUUUUUAUUCCAGUCUCUCUUGCGUAGUAUAUUUAAAAAUAAAUCAAUGUUGAGGAAAACCCGUGUUUGUCUGUUAGCAAGGCUUUUGAAACCCAGUUACCUCCCCUUAGACUCCAUGUCCGAAAAGAGGGGUUCCCUGUUUGAGUGGUUCACCGGGGCCCUUCGGCACAGCGGUCUGGUCAGAGCCAGGCAGCAGCACCUUUCCGUGUCCUUUUGAUCUGGUUCUGAAAAGUCAGGAGAGAAAAAAGAUGCACAGAAUAAAGACUCUGUCAUCAGCUCUUUUGAA